AUGACAGUUGGAAAGGAUGUCAGUUCGUUGUUCCCGCAGGUCGUCAAGAACAUGCAGACCGAAGACUUGGAGAUGAAAAAACUGGUCUACCUGUACUUGAUGAACUAUGCCAAGUCGAACCCGGAUCUAGUCAUCUUGGCUGUCAAUACUUUUGUCAAGGACACUGAUCACGUCAAUCCACUGAUCCGCGCCUUGGCUAUCCGUACAAUGGGAUGUAUUCGUGUGGACAAGAUUCUGGAUCACUUGUGCGAGCCUCUGAGGAAGUGUCUCCAGGACGACAACCCAUACGUUCGCAAAACGGCCGCCAUUUGUGUCGCCAAGUUGUGGGAUCUGGAUCAGGAACGUGCCAUUGAAAACGGAUUUGUCGCCACGUUGCAGGAUCUCAUCUCGGAUUCGACCCCCAUGGUCGUUGCAAACGCUGUGACGGCCCUGGCAGAGAUGCAGGAGUCUUCCGCCAGCAAGGAUAUCUUUGUGGUGAACGUUGCGAUCAUGAACAAAAUGUUGGCGGCAUUGAACGAGUGCACGGAAUGGGGUCAGAUCGCAAUCUUGACUUCUCUCGCCGAUUACAGGCCAUUGGAUUCCAAGGAGGCAGAGAACGUUUGCGAGAGAGUCGUCCCCAGGUUACAGCACGCCAAUGGAUCUGUGGUCUUGUCCGCUAUUCGAGUCCUCAUGAUCUUCUUGAGAUACAUCAAGAACGAUGACUUUGUGAAGGCUUUGAUCAAAAAGAUGUCGCCACCUCUUGUAUCGCUGCUGGCAUCUGCGCCCGAAGUUCAAUAUGUCUCUCUCAGGAACAUCAACUUGAUCUUGCAAAAGCGUCCGGACAUCCUCCAAAAUGAUGUCCGCGUCUUCUUCUGCAAGUACAACGACCCACCAUACGUCAAGCGCGAGAAACUGGAGAUUAUGAUCAAGCUGUGCAACGACAGGAACAUCGAUCAGAUUCUCUCUGAGCUCAAGGAAUAUGCCUCGGAGGUCGAUGUCGAUUUCGUGCGCAAAGCAGUUCAUGCUAUCGGACGUUGUGCGAUUAUCAUUGACGAGGCUUCAGAGAGAUGUGUCAAUGUGCUCCUGGAUCUCAUCAAUACCAAGGUCAACUAUGUUGUCCAGGAAGCCAUUAUUGUCAUCAAGGACAUUUUCCGCAAGUAUCCUAAGCGCUACGAGGCUAUUAUUCCCACACUCUGUCAGAGCCUCGACUCACUUGACGAGCCCGAAGCAAAAGGAUCGCUUAUCUGGAUCAUUGGAGAGUACGCAGAACGAAUCGAAAAUGCGGAUGAGCUAAUUGAAAACUUUUUGGAGACAUUCCUCGAGGAAAAUUCUCAAGUUCAACUGCAGCUCCUCACAGCAACAGUUAAGCUGUUCUUGAAGAAGCCCGCGCAAUCACAGGAAAUUGUCCACAGAGUCCUUCAGACGGCUACUCAGGAGAUUGACAAUCCCGACACGAGAGAUAGAGCCUACGUCUACUGGAGAUUGCUUUCGACAGAUCCCCAGGCUGCCAAGGCCGUGGUCCUUUCCGAUAAGCCGCCAAUUUCGGCCGAAUCGAGUGCCAACAAGAUCUCGCCUGCUUUGAUGGACGAGUUGAUCAAUAACAUUUCGACGUUGGCCUCAGUAUAUCACAAGCCUCCCACGGCGUUCAUGGGCAAUAAGGCCUAUGGUGCAGAUGCCGUUCGCAAAGCAGCCGUUGCUGAUGCACGAGAUGAGGAACAAAUUACGGGCGAGGACUCCCCUGUUGCUGCCGGAGCAGGAACAGAGGCGCCUAAGAACGCGAUGGCGGAUUUGCUGGAUUUGGACUUCAGUUCAUCGGAGCCAGCAUACACAUCGCCGCCUGUUUCUGGUAGCAAACCGGCCAGCAAUGGCGGAUCUAAUUACAGCGCAGACCUCUUUGACAUGUCGUCGGACAUGGGAUCAUCAAGUAGCGUAUUCGGUGGUAUGACGGGCAUGGGCGACAUGAAUGGACAGCAACAGCGCCAACAACAGAGCCCGACGAAUCACUUUGGCGAUUUGGGUGGAUUGGCCGGAAUGAGCUUUGGUUCGCCAGCAGGCCAACAGCAGCAGGCACAACAACCAAAGCCAGCGAGCACGCAAUCAUCGGCGGUGAACGACUUGUUGGAUCUGUUUUAG